AGCGCACAGGGAGGGGAAGAUGCUCUCUCCCUCUCUUCCUCCCUCCCCUCACCGGCUCUCCCUUAAUCCCAUUUGCCAUUGUACAUGCCCAAUCACCUAUACUUUCCGCAUUUAACUUGGAUGACAUUUUUAUUUCAUCAUUAGCAUCAGACGCCAGACUGACUGACACGGUGGACACAGUUUGACGGAAACCCCCGGAUGGGACAUGUCCUUGUUUGUUCAUGUCUUUUUUUAACCUCUCGAGCCCUUUGUUUACUAUCUUUAUAAUUUUUUUCAUUCCACCCCCUUGCAUAGAAGGACUUGCGCGCUGUCGCGCUCCACGGGAGAAAUUCACAGAAAAACUGGGACUCCUCUGAGCCAGGAUAUUCUCCGGCUGUAGGUGAGCUUCGCUUUUCCCCCUCCUUCCCCCUCCCCAAACUCCUGCUUCCGUGGUUGUCGGUGCUCAGACCACAGUCACAGCGAUGCCAGAGACAACGCAAGAGACGUGCGCUCCGGCCAAGGAUUCUCCCUUCUUCAUUAAGAACCUACUGAACUGUGACAGCAAACCAUCCAAACCCAGGCCGGUACUGGCUGCGACUAAGGCGGCCCUAGAGGGAGGAUUCUCCCUUUCCCAAGUCGGAGAGUUCAACUUCCCUCGCUUUGAGCUGCCUGCGCAAAGGUUCAGUCUACCGGCUCACUACUUGGAGCGCACAUCGGCGUGGUGGUACCCGUACACGCUCAGCUCAGGAGUGCAUCUUCACAGAACGGAAGUCACCGAGAGACCAGGAGCCAGGGACUCCUCUCCAACCUCGGGCACAGACAGAGACUCUCCAGAUCUGGUACUCAAAACCGAACCAGACGCCAAAGAAGACGAGGAUGACGAUGAGCACAACAACAACAAGAGCAGCGACGAGAUCAUCCUGGAGGAAAGCGACGCCGAGGAGACCAAAAAAGAGGAGCUGGAGGAGUGGAAGAAGAGGGAUGAGGAUAAGAAGCCGUGUCGCAAGAAGAAGACGCGCACGGUUUUCUCCCGGAGCCAGGUCUUCCAGCUGGAGUCCACCUUCGACAUGAAGCGGUACCUGAGCAGCUCUGAGCGCGCGGGCCUGGCCGCGUCUCUCCAUCUCACAGAGACUCAGGUGAAGAUCUGGUUUCAGAACAGAAGGAACAAGUGGAAGCGGCAGCUGGCCGCAGAACUGGAGGCUGCCAACCUCAGCCACGCCGCGGCGCAGAGGAUAGUCCGCGUCCCCAUCCUUUACCACGAGAACUCGGCCUCAGAGGGCGGGGGCGCCGCUGCCAACGUGCCCGUGAGCCAGCCGCUGCUCACUUUUCCUCACCCCAGUGUGUAUUACUCCCACCCCAUCGUCACAUCUGUGCCGUUGCUUAGACCGGUUUGAAAAAUGGAACAGGGUUUUGUUGGUGUCCUGAUUAAAAAAAUAUAAAGAAACUAAAUAGAAAAAAUGAAACCAUAUUUUUUUUGAUGACACUGUGCGACUAAAGACACUAAAAGAAACAAAGAAAGACUGUUUUAAUAUUUCAAAAACGUUUCCCCUACAAGAUGUUAUUAUUAUUAUUAUUAUUAUUAUUAUUAUUAUUAUUAUUAUUAUUAUUAUUUUAUUGUUAAUAUUAUUUUCUCAGGAUUUAACCCAUUAUACUGCCUUUAAUUUGUUGUGGUUUGUUUUUUAAUAUGAUUGUUGCCAGACUGAGUCCAGUGAUGUACAGACACUACCUGAUUACAAAAAAAAAAAAAAAAAAAAAAGUUGUCGACAAGUAGCCUGUAUUCAAACUAUUCACUUUAUUGCAGGAUGAUUGCAGUGGGUGUACUGUAAAUUAAUGAAGCUCUGAACGGAACAAGCCUGUUUUGUCAUCCAUCAGAAUACUGACUGACUGUUUUUAUUUCUUUUUCUUUUAAAAAAAAGCUUGACGAGGGACAAUCAAGGUUCUCUGAGCUGUAAAAACAGCCACUUAGCUUCUUUCUGUCACUCUCUGGACACGGAAACGCAUUUGAAGCACAAAUCAUUGAAGUUACUUUGUGUAUUUGAGCAGCAAAAAGUCUACAACACUGGAAUAAAAAGACGUAAAUGUAUAUAUUUAAUGAGGGGCGGGGAAGAGGCUUCUCGUUUGUACAGGAACCACGUUUUUGAUAUUGUAAUGAUGAACAAUGUUGUGAAAUAAAUGGAAAAUAUUCUGUA